CUUUCGGUUGCUAGAGGCAGUCUUCGUCGUGCUGCCAUACGGUAUGGCUGCGGUUCGUCCAAGUUUUCUCCUUAUCCCGCUAUAAAUUAAAGUGAAUCAUUGAUAGUGAUGUUUUACUUGUCCGGCGGCUCGAUAAAAACUGAUCGUGCUCUCGUAUGCUGAUAGAUUAUGCUGUCCCAGAUGAAAACAAACACGAUUGGAAAACUGGAAGGCAAACGGCCGAAGGAGCUGAUGUCGUCCUCCAGCCUAUCCGGGAUGUCGCAACUGUCGAACAGCAGCGAGGAGACUCUGGAGCCCCUUGUACAUAAACCGCACAAAUCGGAAACUUCGGAAAGCACAACGAAGGACAAAAGUCCGCCGAACAACGAAUGGCUAUUGAACGGACCAACCGGAAAUAAAGCAUCCAUUUUACGCUUCAAGUGUUCCGCGUUAGCCACUCCUCCGGAAGAAGCACCUGCGAAACAAUUGCAUAUGACGUAUAAAAUUUUUCAAACGGACACGAAGCUCAUCAAUCUUUUGUUGCAAUCCCACGGCUUAACCGAGGUGCCUAUGAACGAAACGGAGUUUAAUAUCCUCUGGAUGGGGAACCACCCUAAACCGGACAUUCUGCGGAACCUAAUGGCGCAUCAGAAAGUCAACCACUUCCCUAGGUCGUACGAGAUCACGAGGAAGGACCGUCUGUACAAGAACAUCGAGGCGAUGCAACGUAGCAAAGGUCUCAGAAAUCUGGACUUCAUACCGCAAACGUUCCUGCUGCCCAGCGAGUCCCGGGAACUGCUCACUGCGCAUUUCAGGUAUCGCGGGCCCUGGAUUGUCAAACCGAAAGCCAGUUCCCGCGGGCGUGGCAUUUAUAUCGUUAACAGUCCAGAGAAGAUCCUCACGGACGAGUCGGUGAUCGUCGCACAAUACAUAAACAAUCCUCUGCUCGUCGACGGGCAUAAAUGCGAUCUACGGUUGUACGUUGCGGUGACGAAUUAUGAUCCGCUGUUGAUAUACCUGUACGAGGAGGGCCUGGUCAGGUUCGCCACGGUGAAAUACGACGGCGGCAAUCAGUACGUCUGGAAUCCCUGCAUGCAUCUGUGCAAUUACAGCAUCAAUAAAUUCCACGUGGAUUACGUGAAAAGCGAGGAUCCAGACGCAGAGGAUGUAGGCCAUAAAUGGACACUGUCAGCUUUGCUCAGACACCUGCGCUCCAUCGGACAAGACACGGAGUUGCUGAUGCAACGCAUCGAAGAUAUUAUAAUUAAAUCAAUCCUUGCGACCGCCUCCGGCAUCGUCAGCGGCAUUAAACAAUUUGUUAAGCACCCGGAGACUUGCUUCGAGCUAUUCGGUUUCGAUAUUUUAAUCGACGACACGCUAAAACCGUGGCUGUUGGAGGUAAAUCUGACACCGUCGUUAGGAUGUGAUUCGCCGCUGGACGUCAGACUGAAGUCAGCGUUAAUUGCUGAUCUGCUUACCCUGGUCGGCGUGCCAGCGGUGGAUCCAGUGUCGCGGCCGCAAACCACGCACCUAAACCGAUCGACAGUCAUCACUACUAAGAGGACAGCUAGCUGUAGAAGAGUACAUUCGGCGGAGACGUUGUCGCAAAGGAAGAAAAACGUUAGCAAAAGUAACAUCAACAAGUCGGGAUUGACUACUGAGCAGCAGCGUAUAGUGGCGUCGGCGAAAGCACAGUUUGAAAGAAGGGGAGGGUUCGUUCGAAUAUUCCCCAGUCCUAAGUCGUGGGAGAUGUACUCGCAAUAUCUGGAUCCAGCGACGGGGAUACCGGUGGUCUCAGAUCCAUUAGGACCCGGCAGAGCCCAGCACAUCAACACGAAUCACAAUCUUAUGUUACACGAACAAUUAUUCCCCGCGGCUAGUCGUACGACCGGUUUCAUCAUUCCUGAAGUCACACUGGACAGACUCUCCAGAUACGAAAGGUACGAGAGAGCAUUGGUGAAAGGGCAUAAGCAGAGCUUAGAUCGUGGCGACAGUAAGGAAAAUAUGGAUAUUGAUAAGCAUAAAUAUAAAAGUCAAGUGGUACAAGCCAUGCACGACGGAAAUAAACUUAGUCCCGGAGAAGCUAGAAAAGCCUUUGGUUUAUAUUUGGGACAUAUAUUGCGCAAGAUAUCACAGCCUAACGCGGAUCCAGCGUGUUGCGAUCUCGUGAUGAAAUUUCUUCAGCAGUCGGCUAGUAAUUUAAGAACGCCUUUCUUCUUUGCGUUACCGAGCAGUAAACUCAGCGACAAGGAUCGCGCCGCAAUAACCGCUAAACAACUAUCUGAUUUUUUACAUCUGUACAAUCGGGAUACGGAUCUUUACGCGGACACCGUAGACCGUCCUCGUACCGUUCCGAAUCGGCUGUUUCAGAAAUUUCUAGCUUCUGCAAGCGAGGAAGAUUUGGAUGACAUAUUGAUCCUUCAAACGAGGUUGUACAAAUGUGCUCAUAGCUUCCUGGGCAGAAGCGGAUUCGCAGGUAGCCUACCAGGUCCUAACUUAUUAGGCUCUCUGCCACACAUCACAUCACGUGUGUUCUCGAAUGCUGCUAAUAGCGAGCAAUGUAAAUGCAAUCAGUCCAUUACAAGGCCUACGAAAGCGUCGUGUACAUAGUUGCGCAGUAUGUGGAUACACUGUUCUAGCCGCUACAUUUGUUGGUUAAGGUAUUUAAGUACGGCUGCCUAGGACUUCUUUCCAGUACCGGUGGACAAUCAUCCACGCGUAACCGUAACGUUUCCCAUUCGAAUAUUGCACAGAAAAUACCGUCACAGAACUAAUAUUUUGGGUACGCUUUGAAAGCGCUUUAAUAUAUUCGCUUGUAUUUAUUAAGCUAGAAAAAGUUCAUUACACGAUACUUCCAACGAAUAAUAUCGAGCCUUCUUGAUGCAAGUUUACAUCACGGUUUUAAUCUUGGAAGCUAGUCUUCAGCAUCAAAGAUUCGUCGAAGCUAGAUAGAAGUAGUCUGAUGGUAGAAGUGACUUGGGUUUGGGUUUCUCGAGUUUUAUCGUACGAAACAGGUGGCCAAUUAAAAUUGAAACAUUCGUAGGGUAAAGCAAGAUAUUUUAAAAAGUGAACGUAUCAAUUACUAAAGUUUAACGAAGACGUAUUGUAUCGGCAUACUUGACGGUGAUUAAUUUUAAUUCUUAGAACUUAAUGAUUAUAUUUUAUCGAGUCUUCUUAGUUGUUUCUUAUUUUUUUUUU